GCGGAGCUAGGGCUCCGCGCCGCCACACCGACGGAGGCACCGGGACAGCGGCGCGAUGGCUUCGUCUCACGGAAAGCACGACCUCCGCUUCGCCGACUGGAUGGCAAGUUUACCGGGGAAUCUGCACAAUAUUCCUCUCACCAACCUGGCCAUACCCGGCUCCCAUGACUCUUUCAGCUUCUACAUUGACGAAGCCUCCCCAGUUGGCCCAGAGCAACCAGAAACCGUGCAGAACUUUGUCUCUGUGUUUGGGACAGUGGCCAAGAAGCUGAUGCGGAAGUGGCUGGCCACCCAGACCAUGAAUUUUACCAGCCAGCUAGAAGCUGGCAUCCGAUUCUUUGACCUACGCAUCUCCACCAAACCACGUGACCCUGACAAUGAACUUUACUUUGCUCAUGGGCUAUUCAGCGCCAAGGUGAAGGAAGGGCUGGAGCAGAUCAACACCUUCCUGGCGUCUCAUGCCCGCGAGGUGGUCUUCCUUGACUUUAACCACUUUUAUGGUGUGCAGAACCUCCAUCACGAGAAACUGGUACGGAUGCUCCGCGAGGUCUUUGGGGACAAGCUUUGUCCCGCCAUCUUUGCUCAGGAGGUGACGCUUCGCUACUUGUGGGAGAAGGAGCUGCAGGUGUUGGUCUUCUACCAUAACCCUGUAGCACUGGAGGUUCCCUUUCUGUGGCCUGGCCAGAUGAUGCCUGCCCCCUGGGCCAACACCACCGACCCAGAAAAGCUAAUUCAGUUCCUGCAAACUUCUGUCGCUGACCGGAGACGCAAAGGCACCUUCUUUGUCUCCCAGGUUGUCCUCACCCCCAAGGCCAGCACGGUCAUGAAGGGUGUGGCCAGCGGCCUGCGGGAGACCAUCACUGAGAGGGCUCUGCCGAGCAUGAUGCAAUGGGUCCACUCUCAGAGACCUGGUGAAGGCGGUGUAAACAUCAUUACGGCGGACUUCGUGGAGCUGGGAGAGUUCAUCAGCACGGUCAUUGCCCUCAACUACCUGCUGGAUGAGGAGGACGAUAGUGCCACCUGAUCGGGGUUUGGUCCCACUGGUGCGUUCACAAGGGGAGCUGGAGAUUUAGGGCUACCCAUAUAUGACUGGGUGGACUCAUGUCUAAUGCGACUAUUAAUUUACCUUUUUUGAGCUGUAACAGAGUUGAAUAGCGUUGUUUCGUAAUCUUUGGGGGAGAGGGCAAAAGAAGUUACUGUGCUUGUGCUUCUUCUCAGCGACAUCCGGUAAUCCUUUGGUCGUACUUUUGCAUCGUCUUCUUUUCAGUGUUACUGCUCGCUGAAGCAAGAUAAAUCAAGUGUACAAUAUGCUAGUCCGGCAGGUAUUUCAGUGAAGGUUACCGUCUCCCUGCAAUUCAAACAUCGUGAAUAAUAUCGUUAUGGCGCAAAAAUGCUGAAGUUGUUAAAGUGUUAUGAAAUGGUCAUGAAAAAUGCAUUUGUAUCAUAAUGAUUGAGGCUACGAUAUUGAUGUUGUUGCGUGAGAACUAUCACAUGUAAAAUGAAUGAAAAAAGCUGUGUAAUUAGCAUUUUUAGAGGUAACCCAGAGGAACAUCUCAUAGCUAAUACUGCUGCUGUAAUCGUUAUCCUGCAUGAGGGUAAUGAUUUUUAAAUAAAAUCUGAUACUUCUUUAACAUAUGACAAUGAUUCUCAUGUCCCCUACCUUUAUAUUCACUGAACUCAUCAAUAGAAGAUGCUACAUUGUAUUGAUGACAAUCUCAAACCACCAAUUAGGCCAGGUUUCCUCUAUGUAGCCCCUUUGGUAUAGCCUCAAAAUAUACAGAGGGAAUUAAUAUCAGCGACAAAUGUUAGCGGGUGAAUUAAAUUUACUGCAGCCAGUACCAUAGCGGCUGGAGUGUCUUUAAGAAUGCCUUAAGUGUUUGCUUUUAUGUUUUUGUUGGAUAUGUUCGAUACCAGCUCAAGUGUUUGGGAAACUGCAUAUUGAAAACUUAGAUUAUUAAGCAGGGGUGGAGAGCUGAGGUCUCAAGUAAUUAUCUGUAACAUUAGAUCUGAUGCUUUAAUGGCUAAUCUCAGAAAUCUUUAAAAAUCACAGUGGGGAUUUUCCUGGAGCACUCAAGUGUCACUUAAAGCAGACACUAGAAAAAAAACUAAUUUGAAAUAUCUAAGUUACAUAAUCAAUCUUCCGAAAAAAAAAACACAAGUAUUGAUCUUUAAAAAAAUUAUAUAGUCCAGGUAUAUGUAUUAGUAUUUUUACAUUUUUAGAAUUCAGAUAUCUUUUUUGAUUUAAAUUUUUUGUACUUUAAGUGUGAAAUUCUUUGAAGAUGGUUUAAUUUUCUGAUAACAUUUGUAUGCUAAAUAUAUUUUGUACUUAUUUAAUUAUUGCAAAAAAUUACAAGCAAUGCAUGUAUGAACUUAUGAAAUUAACCCAUCACCAUUUGCAAAUAUCUUCCAAGAAAAAUAAAAUAUUUUAUUAAUAGGGCAUUUUAGGAUUAAUAGGUCAGAAUUAAUUGCCAACUGUUGAAAGCUAAGCUUGAUUGAAUCUUGUAGACUAUAUAGUAUCAUGCUCAAGAUUGGUCUGGAACAAAACACCACCCAUUACAAGAUAUCUGAACAGUGAGAUACUUUCUUGGGAUGUAGCUUCCUUUCUCUGGGAGAACGCCAAACUGCUUUAGGCUUCCUAGUAUAUAGGGUACACUUAACUUUUUCUCAUUGCAGUGUGAUCGUUGGUUUAAAGUAUUAAAUGUCACAACUUUGAAAUCAAUCGAAAAGGAACAGAAUCAGUCUUAUUAUCUUUGAAAUGACCGUAAGAUGUUUGCUUAAAUCUGUGUGAUUGUAAGUAGCAGAUAUUACUUGAUAGACGUUCUUUACCAUUUGUAACAUUUCAUAAUAUGUACCGAGUCUUUGAAGUAAAAAUACAAUGCAGUACAAACAAAAGUACCUUAAAAUACUUAAAUUUGUUAAAUGAAUAGUAAAAAAAUUAAUGUAAUUGUGACAUUAGAAAUGUAGUUUUGUUGUCACUAGAGUAAAUAUUCUGUGGCUUCCAUGAAAUUACACAUUGUUUCUUCAGGGUGCUUUGGUUACAUUCAAAUUAGUUCCCCAAGCUAUAAUACUGCAUUUAGUGUCCAUGUUCUUACAACCAUCACAAUCACGUAGCAUCAUUCAUGUUUUCUGUGAAUUAUUUUUUGUGCACUUUAAUGUUUUGCUUACUUAUUUUCAACCUGAUUCUAAAAUAAUUGUGAAUGAUUUAAACCUGAAUAACUAGUCUUCUAUUAGCAACAUUUUGUCUGAACUAAUUACUUCACUGAUGGAAUCUGACAAAGUUAAUUCCUCUAGUGAAAUAUCUCUGACAAAUUAAAAACAUCGUUAAAUUAAUGAAUCACCUUUAUUGACAUAGACAAACUGUCCGAUUGAAUAAACUGUAUUCUGACUGAUGAUAGUACAAAUCAAGGACCUUGAGCAUGCUGAGGACAAUGGUAUUGUUAUGUUAGAUAGAUACUGGAACCAGUUACUAUGUGUGAAUGUUUUUCCACUUCUGCUUAUGUUGAGAAAAUGCCUGGAGGGACAUAAAAGCCACGACUUAAUGAUGUCUUGACUAUCGCUGACAUUUUAAGGCUAGUGUAGCUGAUUCUCUUCAUUUAUAUGUGCAGUGUGUAAAUGUGUGCAAUAUUGUGUAUCAUCUGAGAUUUUUUUUUUAUUUAUUUCUGCUAUGAUUAUAUUUCACAGUUCAUUAUUACAUCAAUUCAUGAUAAGAAAAUGUAAGAUAUACUGUAGUUGUGUCUGUAAAAUGUUUGUUUUGACAGAAGCUGCCCAUAAAUCUGAAGGAAGCUUGAAUGAAGCUUGCUCUGUGUAACUGUGGCUGCCAGCACUCAGAGAAUUUUCUCUGUCGGUUCUGUUUUAUGUAAAACUCUUAAUGUGCACCAAAAUGAUGCGAUUAAAUAUGUUUGUGUUUAGUGUCUUUGGAGUGUGGUCUUCCCAGUUGUUUCUUGUGAGUGUGUGUGUAUGUGAGUAUGUGUACUGUGUAAAGAUAAACGAUGAAGAUGAUUUAAUAUUAAAAACAUUUCUUAAACAUCAUCCUUGUUUUUUUUUUUAAUGACGUGAAUACCAAAAAUAUUGUAUUCUGUAAAGCAACUGGUACUUUUUACAUUUUAAGAACCUAUGUAAAAAUUUCAAACUUUGUUGCAAUAUCGUGGCAUAGCCACUAACACGCAAUGAGUAAUUACUAAAGUGUAGAAGGACAUGUAGAAAAUUAUUAGUUAAUCUCAGCUGGUUAAGCUGUGGGGGAGUAUUGUCAGCUAUAGGUUACACUGUAAAAAUUAUUUCACCCUGGAACUUUGUCAUUUACCAUUAUAGACAGGAAUGCAUUUUCAGUUAGAAAAUGAGCAUGUACUGUAAAUCUCCUCUCACAAAAUGUAUUCCAGAGGAGGCAGUGUGCAGUAAGUGCUCCAUUACAUCUGGAAUACAUUUAUUGCCUCUAUGACCGAUGUCGUCAAUGAAGUGCUUAGCAAAUUUUGGGUUUAUAUUUGUGUAGUAACUCAGUAAAACAGUUGUAAACAUGUUGACAUGUUGAAAAAUUGUAACUGGUGCGCGCAUACUGUAGAUAUAUAUAUAUAUGUGUGUGUGUGUGUGUGUGUGUGUGUGUGUGUAUGUGUGUGCACUCACACAAAUUAACAAGUCAAAUGUUGAAUAAAUGCUCUGUGGUUGACAGCUGUUUUUCCACGGGUCUUUAUGGGGGUCUUGAUCUUGUUCUUGCCACUGUCUCCUAUGGCUUACUCACUGGGGGCUUUGGGUGGGGAUGCUGUAAAGCGUUUUGAGACGAUGUAAUGUUGUGAUAAUGCGCUAUACAAAAAUAAAUUUGUUUGUUGUUUGUUUUACGCUUCAAUCA